CAGGAAAUAUGGACCGAGUUUUAUGGCGGGGAACCUGUUUAGAACUGUCACGCCAACCCGAAGAGGACGCGUACGCACGUGGCAUCUGUGGCAUUUUCGGUGGUGACGUGGGCAACUUUGAAUCGGCCCCUGUGGCCGCGGGAAUCAAUACCGGGAUCCCGCAAUGGCUACAGCUAUGUGAGACAUUUGAAGAUGCCCUGUGCUUUCUAGCCAGGAUAUUUUGCGACAAUCUGCUGUUGCAAAAGGUUGUCGUAAAAGAAGUCACGCUCGGGGAUGCGCUAAGCAGACAGAGGUUUGCGGGCAGAGAAAACUACACGCCCCAGACCAUCCGCAUGGGAGUGAACGCAGAGGCAGCCAACCAAUGGGGUGUUCAGGAUAUGUACCGUACUUUGUCCGAAUGGGCACACAGCGACACCAACCUCAGAGACGCACUCAGCGACCCUUACAGCACUGUACAGGCCGCUACCCUGCAGAAGGAUUUACCUACCCUCGUGGAAACUAUAAAUAGAUUGCUGUAUAGCGGGAUCUAUUCCGGGGCGGGCAUGGCCAGUGAUAACAACACGUCGCUCAAUACAUCGUUCAGCUAUCCCAGACGCUCCAUGCACGCGCAUAGAGGACUUGCACCAACACCGGUAGCACGCACAUGCACUCGCACACCCAACCGCAGAGCGCCACCCACACCGUUUCUGCGAGGCGCACAGGGCUUGCCUGUAGUACACUACCUGGACAGAGCACAGGCACAACCGACCCAGCAGGAGGGAAAGGGGGUAGAUAGUGUCGGCUCUGGGUCGGGUAGGAGAGGGGACAGGGAUGAGAAAGCCUCGAGGGUAUUCCCCAACCCAUUGGCAGUACUAGACUCAACGGACGUCGUGCGCACUGAUACUUACAAUGCACACACAGACCCACCCAACCACGUAGCCACACCCACAGCCGCUGAUGGAGACACACACAUACACACACACACACACACCAUGGACGACGAGAUCAUAGGCCAUGAGGAAAGUGCGGUACCCACCUCGCUGGCGGAGCGCUCCCCCACGGGCACAGAAGUGUAUGCAAACCCCAACCCCAACCUCAACGCUGUCGCAGCAUCCUCCGAGCACGCAUUAGAGUACGUCACCCCAUCCCUGCUGAGGUUCUACGCCCACCUGGCUAUAGCGCUGAGUGAGGUGCACAAGAUGAAGCCAUCGGCACUCAAGAGUGUUAGCGAGACCGCAGUGCAGAGUAUCGUUUCACGCUAUGUCGAUCUGCUCAUUCAACAAGGCCAGCACCCGGGGCUGGACCGGUCGAAUGAGAUCGCCCCACUGUACAUAGAACGCCUGGGUAGUGUGGAACAGUACCAUCAACUAACCACACACUUGCCAAUUCACUGCAUCACAGUACCAUCAACUAACCACACACUUGCCAAUUCACUGCAUCACAGUAACAUCAGCUGA